GUAGACCUAGGCACAGACGCGACGUGCCUUUUACACGCUACGAGAGACGAAUUUGAGAAGUACUAUACUGGUUGUCUUCGCAAUUCCUAUUCAGGGAAAAGAAUUUACAUUUAUAGUUCCUUUAGAUAAUGAAGUUCGCAAUUUAAGACCAACUUCUUAAGAGGAGUGAUCAGUACAAGCAGAAGCACUUUUAUAAAAUAAUUUUCACUUGUCUUCAUCUUCAACUUCAUUAACAAGGUAUAGCAAAAGAUCCUGAACAGCUACAGCACCUACCAAUCAAACAGAAACGCGUCCCUUAUUUACUUAUAUAAAAUAAACAGAAACAGUCCUGAUCUGCUUCUCCAUGUCGAGGAGUUGAUGAGGACAUACAAGAGUUGGCUAGGUGCCUUAGUCAAGACAAGGAGUGUCUGCGAAGCGUAUCUUAAUUCCAUGGCGGAUCAAGGCGGAGACAACUCCUUUGACCGGACUAAGGUCGGUGAUCACGAUCAGUAUCAAGGGUCUCCUGGCGAUACUGACGGGUUAGAGCAGUCUGUUGAGUGGAGGAGAAAAAUGUGCAUUACUGCCCAGGCUGACCUUUAAGGCUUCCGCUAAUCCAUCUCUUCUUUCUACUUUGGGGACGAUCCCUCAAGGACAUGGCAUGCGCCCUAAUACAACAAGGGGAACAAUACUGACGCAUACGCUUGAGGGAUUUCCACAGGGAUGAACUCGGGAGAGGUCUAAGAACUUCUGCGUUUCACGAGCCUCGGACUGAUGCCAGUAGCUGAACGACGUUUAAGAGCUUACGUCUCCGCGAUGAUGCACGUGAGGGAUACGGGUUCUUCACAAAAACAACAGGGCAUCAUUCGUGAUGCUCAAAAACAUAGAGAGAAAAACUUUGCAGCUCUGAGUGCAGAAUGGAAUGCGCAAGUAGGUCAACAAGAUAUCGCACACGCUGAAGUAGAUCAGAAGACGGAUAAAACAAAGGGAGAUUUUUUAUCGGCCGCGUCGGAAGAAAACAGCAGACGCCUAGAGCGACUCUUUCCAGUAGAUUUCCUGCAGGAGGACACCAGAGGUGGCAAAGACGAGGAACAACAAGAUCUUCAACAACAAGAACCUGCUGGACUACAAGUGGAGGAAGUGUCGGUAGAAGACCCUCUGCGGAAUGAGCAGUACAUGGAGCGCGUUUUUAACACCCUCAACCGACACAGAGCACGGCUAGCGCUUCAAAAAGCAAGUCAAUCCCCAUCGACAUCGAGUUAAGGGACAUGAAUGAUUAUCUUGUGAUUUAAAGAUUACGAUAAUAUUUCUUUGAGGAAAAGCGUCUUGUAAUUCUAAGCAGGGCAACAUCAUGCCAACUCUGAGAUUAUUGCAGCCAAGACCACCAGUAUAACAAGAAUAGCGAGAGCAGGAGCCAUCGUCCAAGAGAAGGCUGCUAGAAGUCGUAGAGAACUAUUUCCACUACUAAAAUUCUAAUCAAGUGGAGGUCUCGCAUCAGCGAAGGAUCGACUCAAGAAACGAUUGUUGCACAGGCAACUAGAGGCUUCUGAUCUUCCGUCACCCAGCGAACAGGAUCUAGAUCUCGAUAGAGAGUUGCAGGAGAUUGAUGACCUGAAAGAGAAGAAGGACAAAAAAACGCUGAGUCCUCUUGAAAGUCUACGUGCUGAGAGAGAGCUCGUUAGGAUGAAACAGCAGCACUAUCUGAGGCUGUUCUUGUUAUGCUUGUUCGUUUUUUUUAUUCAUCUCUCUCAGCAUGAUCUCGAUGCCACCUCCCUACUUUUCGCCUUGUUCUUCUCACAUAAGUACAAGGGCCGCAAGGGGGUCGAGACGAGGGGACCGAGAUGAAUAAAGGCAAUCUUCGCUAAGCUUGGAGGAAUACUCCAGUAACCCGAGUCCAGAUGCUCAAAAUUUCAGGGAAUAUGAAAUAGCAGCGAGCAUGGAAAGCUUGGAUGCAGAAUCGAGUUAUGGUAUCACAUGAUGUGAACUACUUGCUAGUACGUAAACGUAGUUCUUCUGAGGCACUUUCCUCCGUGAAGAAGAUAUGAACUUGCAGCUAAAAAUAGUUGAUGUAGCACCACUAUGGCCACUCUAACCAGAAGUACAUCACCUCCCCAGAACACUGAGCAGGUGGCGCCCUUUCUUCUAAUGAGAAGAAGCUGCGUUAAAAAAGCAGCAAGAAUAUUUUCACCGCUUUCAAGCCAGAAUGAAUCUGAACCGCGUAGCCGCUUCUACAAUUUUUCCUACUUCUUCCGGUGCUGAGAGAAGUCCGAUUGCUGAAGGCGGUGCGUCUCCCAGUGCUGCGUCUCCUAGUGGUGUUGCUCAAGUGUCGCCGAUAGCUAAAACAGCGAAAAAAGCGACUGCCAAAACUAAAGCAGAUAAAAGAAGAGCCAGAGAGGCUGCUGAAGCUUUUGCAGCUCAAGCUUCAGGUCCAACGGCAGCUUCGUCAGCGGAUUCUUCUGUUAAGUACCGUUGCAAUAUUCCACCAAGGAGAGGAUGACCCUUUGCCAUCCUACGUACUUGGUUUGAGCCUUAGUUCAACAGAAAAGCAGGGUUGAACAAGGAUGCAAUAUCGCAACCUCUAAUUCUAGAACUACUGGCAAAAAUCCGUCAGGACCAGUUUCCUCAGUCCCUACUGCUUCCUGCCAGACUCACGGUCCAGAGUGGGACGCUCAGAAUUUGCGCUACUUGUGGACCUACUGGAUUCCUCAUCUGGCGAGUCAGGUCCACGAAUUGAACAAGUAUGUGCCGGUAAUCGUGAAAUACUUGCUCGGGGAGUUCAAAGUCGUUAUGGUCGUGUGUUGGAGGAGACUGCUUGAUGUUAUAUGUUGUGUUUCUUUUCGACGUUGUUGGAAUGUAGUAUGUAUUCAAGUAUUUCCACCGAAGCACCAGCACCACUAAGUAAUGUAGUAGGGAAGAUACCAGUCACAGCGCGACUAUUAAAUGACUAGAGCCUACUCGGAUUAGUCAGAAGUAAUGAUCUACUACAUCAUGGAGUGAUGUACCUACAGCUUCUGCAGCAUUCUAGUAUGGACUUGUUGCGUUUCAUGCUGCUGCUCCAUAAUUUUUCCAGUGUAAAUUCUCGAGUUUUCUUAGAAAACUCGAAAACGCAUUCUUUCUAAUGUCCAUCCUCGUUCAAGUAGCGCCGAAGAGCAUGCGCAAGUCGAGAUGCUUAAACGAACUCACGCUUUCGCAUACCUGAAGGAGCAGUUUAAGAUCAUCAGUGUCUUUCGGAGCGAUGCGCAGAAGUUUUUGGAUGGUAUGCGGGAAGCCGCCAAAUUUGUUACUCUCGAUGUGGACGCGUUGUUUGCACAAAAGGAAGUCGAAAUUCAAGAGCAAGAAGAAAAAUUAUAUCAACAGGAGUUAUGGACGAGGACAACUCGAGAGGAAUAUUUCUUCUGUAAUUUCUUCACAUGGAUCGUAAGAUCAUACUUACUGCAAUAAUGUUUACAAUCGGUUUUUUUCAAAUUCUUCAGGCGCAUUUGUUUCUUACUUGAUGCAUGGAUUCUCUGGGUAUGUUACUACCAUCAACUCUAAAACAAGGAAAGAGAAAAGGUGUCCAAACCAAAGACUCUUUGCGAGCAAUGUCUUUUUUAUCGGGGUCGCGGGAGUUGAUCGAUGACACCAUUGCAAGUGCAGCGAUAGAUAUCACGACGUUUGCGAAAUUGUACUUUAAUAUAAUAUCAGAUAAAGUUUAUCUGCUUUUGUAGAAGUUUCCGUCCUGAACCACUAAGGAAGUGCUCAAAAGAAAUUAGAAUCUUGAUAACCUACUCGAAGUACUGAACCAUACAACAUAGCAUACGUUCUACUUACUCCUUACUUCUAGACUUCAGCGCCCGAUAGCUCUCCCUCCACUAGAAUCCUCCACCUCCCUCGGGUAUUUCCUCCGCCAAGACGCGCCCCGCCCCCCCGCUCCUCUGCCGCCAGAUCGCGGCGCUUUCUUGGCGGAGUUGAUCCGCGGAAGAGGAGUCGGGGCAGAGGCGCCGCGGAAUUUGACAGAGGGGGUCGCUCCUCUGAGGUUUUUGAGAUGUUUCAGAGUUUGCCUGCUUUUGAAUAUAGUGCAAGCUCUUGGGCUGGAAGUCUUGCAUGACCCGAGUGCAAAGCUCUACGCUUAAGCUUUUCUGGGGUGGGCUGGGGGCUUCGUUUCCUGGGGUGAUUUUGAAGCUUUGAGCUUGCAGCUUGAAACGAGGCCUGUGGCUUUCAGUUUGAAGCUGAAUCGAGCUUCAGCGAAGCUCUAUGCCUGCGUAAAGCCUCGGGCUUGGCGCUUGGGUUUUGAGGCUUUGGAUUUGCAAGCUGAAGCUUUGGGCUCAGGGCGUAGCUGGAUUUGGCGGGUUUUGUCUGGGGUUUUGGGCUUGAGGUCUUAGGCUUGAAGGCUUGGGGCUUCACAUCUUGGACGUUUUGCUUUGGACUUAAAGCCGUCGGCUUGAAGGCUUGGGGCUGAAGCGUUAGGCCUGAGGUGUUGGGCUUGAGGACUUGGCUUUGAAGGUUUGGACAUGAGGCCUUGGACUCGAAGUGUUAGGCUUGAAGCCUUGCGCCCGGCCUGAGGCUUUGGGCUUGUGGUUUUGGGGUCGGGUCUUCGAGUUUGAAAAGUUUGAAACUUGGCCGCGGUUGUUAAAGUAAAAAGCUAGGCACGCUAGCCCAAAAUAGCAGAUUUUUCAGCUUUAUCACUUAGGAUUUUAUUUAUGUCGCCCGUGGUCGUGAUUGGCUUCUACACAUCAUCCCAUGGGCAGCGCGUUGGCCGAAGUCGUGAGCGUAGGCGAAUCGCAUUCCACGCUUGUGGCUUUGGAGUUGAGUGCUCGAAUUUGAAAAGUUUAGCGCUCAGUCUCGGCUGAUAAGGUCAAAAACUUAGCUACCGUAGCCCGAAAUGGCAAAGUUUUUGACUUUAUCGCUUAGCAUUUAAAUGAGAGCGCCUUUCGCUAUGAUUGGCUACACAUCACUCGCAGCGUGUUGGCCGGUGUCGUGAUCGUAGUCCAAUGAAAUGCCACGCCUGGGGCCUUGGGCUUGCGGUCUUGGGCCUGAGGUUUUGGGGCUGGCUUUUUGAAUUUUAAAAGUUGUAGCUUUAUUGCUAGCUGAUAAAGUCAAAACUUUUGCUAUUUUGGCUCAAAUUAGCAAAAUUUUUGAUUAUGUUGCUCAGAAUUUACACCAAACACACCGCCUACGGCCGUGUUUGGCUAUGCGUAGGCUGAACCUCGUAAGUUCAGAAGUUCCUAAGUUCCACCCUAAUUUCUUAUAUGUUCUUCAGUUCGUAAGGCCAUAAGUUUAGAAGUUCGUAAGUUCAUAAAAAGCUCGGGGGUUGGGGGUUCGGGAGUGUGAGGUUGAGAGUUUGGCGGGGUCGUUGUUGAUUUUUGUUUUUAGCUCUUUAAUGUUCUUCUACAGGUAUAACGAGAAGCCGAUGAGAUGGGCAAGGGAUUUGGCCGCCACCGCCAUUGCAAGUGCAGCGAACGAUAGCACGACGUUUGCGAAAUUGUACUUUAUAUAUAAGUAGAAGUCUCUUUCCUGAACCGCUAAGGAGGUGUUCAAAAUAAGAAAUCGAAAUCUUGAUAACCUACUCGAAGGACUAAACCCUAGUACAGCAUACGUUCUACUUACUCCUGAUUCUUCUACAGGUUCAACGAGAAGCCUAUGGGAUGGGCAAGCGAUUUGGCCGCCACCGCUAUCAAGGAAGUGCCGUUGGCGCAUAAGAGGAACCGGUUUGACCUUCUUCAUCAACUGGAGACUUAUCGAACAGAAACGUUAAGGCCCCAACAAAUCCAUGUAUUCUAUUCGGAUUGUCCCUCAAAUAGUAUAUAGCAGGGUAAAACCACAUGCAUACAAUUUCUGUAGAUACGGGUGGAUUAGGGGUACUAGCUCUAAAAACGCCCAUGAUUUACAACAGUCUGUCAGAAGCGGAGAAAGUGACAGAGGAGAUGAGUGCAGGAAUCAUGAACCCAAGUUACGGACGAGGGGAUAAUUUCGCUAGCAGGAAAUUAACAUCGAGAACUAGAACUACAGUCAUGUACAAAGCAAAGCGCUGCCUCAAGUAGCUUGCUACUUAUGUUUUUGAGGCUUUGAAUUUCUGUGGAGGAAUUGGUUUUAGGAAGCGUGAGCGUUCUCUUUUUAUACAUAGAAAAACGAGACUCCCCCUCCCACUCAGUUUAAGAAUCUUAUAGGGGAUCAUGAUCUGGAAGGCAACUGCCACGAGGUUUGUGAGGUGAGGCACAAAUCCUCUGUAAUCUACUGAAUUUAAGAUACUUAAUAAACUAAAUACAUAUACUCAGAAGUACUCCCGGUCCCGUUCCCGCUUCGAUAAUUUCUUCAUCUAAUAUAUGCUGGAACCCGGUAUGCCUGUAAUCGUUCAGCUAAUUCGAGACUUGGACCUGGGUGACUACGUGCCGGCAAUCAGCGUAGACCCGUCUUUCUUUCCAGACAAGGAUCAUUAAGGUUUGGCGGAUCACUUCCUAUCCUAUCCUAUAAUAAAAUGUAUCUCAGAUACAAUGGGUGACGAGUUGUUGACAUCCAAAUCUGGCCCUGAAUUGUUAUCAGUAUUAGUCAUCUCUACGGGCACUACGGACAGUGUCAUCAGAGGCCCAUACAUGACAAAGCAAGAGCCAACACUUUCGGUCCUCUAAUCCCCGGGACGCAGGCUCGAAAUGCCUGCAUCCGCACUGAAGGCGCCUGACGAGAGUGCGACGAGAGCAUCAUCAGGUUCUUCAGGAGACGACCAACAGCAACAGCCUAUUCCGGUUCUAGGGGGUUUCUGUUAUAACACAGAGUCUGCUGGGCAAAAGCAAAGUACGCCAGCAAAUGCAGCACAAUUUGGAACCUGCAGCACAAGUAUGGAUUCCUCCCGCGGGUCUGUAGAUGGACAACAACAGCCUCGACCAAGCAGUAGAAGUACUACACCAGCAGGCACUGCCAGUGAAGGCAGUUUCCAACGAGUAGUUGCAACUGGUGUCUUAGUUGGAGUAAAGUUUCAGUCGGGGGUGAACCGUUUUUGUUAAGGCUCCUCAAGGGAUUGAAAAUUCAUCUCCGAGAGCAUCCUUGAAAGAAUCCGUCAGAAAAAUAUUCGAUAUGCUAUUUAUUCUCUUUCUUCAGGAUCUAUCUCCCCAGGAGUCAGAGUAUCUAUCUCCCCAUGGAGGUAUUGUUCAAGGAUGCAGGUCAGAGAUGAACAAAUCGGUCCAGGUCUAAUAUUGGACUGUCUCUAUCGAAGGCGUGG